AUGAAAGCAACAAUCGGAGUCCCUGCAUUUGCAAAAUUCGGCCUUCUCCCAGAGCUCUGUGAGUGCUUAGAGUUGCACGGGAUCAAACUUCCUACCCCAAUUCAGUCCCAAGUAAUCCCGUCAAUGCUUAAGUUUACAGAUCAUCACUUAAUUGCAGCCCAGACAGGCACAGGCAAAACCCUUGCAUAUCUUUUACCAAUUUUCAAUCUUUUAAAGGAACAAGAACUUGCCAAACAAAGCAUCUUGACUCAGCCCUGCGCUCCAAGAGCUCUUAUUGUGGUGCCAAACAGAGAAUUGACCAAACAAUGUGUCGAUGUCAUGGGGAUGCUAAAACACCAUGCUAGGCUUAAGGUAUUUGGCGUUCACAAUGGAAAUGCCAUGAAAACAGAAAAAAGAGAGCUUAGUGAUGGUAUUGAUAUAUGUGUAGGAACUCCUGAUAGGCUUGAUAAACAUUUGCGUAUGCGGACAUUAGAUUUUAGGUACCUAAGUCACAUUGUGAUUGACGAAGCGGAUACUAUGGUAGAUGGAGGGUAUGUAGAUUUUAUUGACCAAUACGCCCAAGAAAUCAAAAGAACACAAGGAAAAAUGAGCUUUGUAGCUGCGACCUUGCCAAGGCUCUUAGAAACUGUAAUUUCUAACUCCCCUCUGUGAGCGAACGAAAAAAUUUUGUUCUCUUACGAGGGGGUGAAUUUUUUAUUUUUUUUUUAAAAAAUUUAUAUAUAAAUUUUGAGUAAAAUUUUUUUUUUCGAAAUUUAAAAAAUUUCCAAUUUGUUUAAAAUUGAGAAGUAAAAACUAAUUAAUUUGCGAAAUUUUAUAUUUUAAAAUGCAAUCUGUUUAAAAUUAACCAGAAUUAGCUAGAGAUUUCUUUAUACUAAUUAUCAUCUAUAUAUCAAAUUUUUUUUCAUAAAAAUUUUUGUUCACUCACAGAGGGUGGGUUUUGGACGAAAAAUAGGGAUUUUUCCAAUGGCUUUGUUCGCUCACGGAGGGGGGAAGUAAGCAUUUUUCUUUUAAGCCAGAUGGAAGGCUGCCUUUUAUUAAGAAAAUCAUUGAAGAAAAAACCCAUAUGAACUUAACACAUCUCAGGCAUGAAUUUAUCCACCUUGGAGAAUUCAAUAAAAACCCAACCUUGCUCAAGCAUGUAGCUGAUAUUUAUCCCUAUUUAAAAUCAGGUGGCUGUAUGGUAUUUUGCAAUACCAUCCAAAGCGCGAGGGCUACAGAGUACACCUUAACUGAAAGCGGUUUUAAAGCAGUAUCUCUACAUGGAGAUAUCCCACCUAAGAAACGUAACGAAUUUAUCGAGAAAUUCAAAGCAAGAGAAGUCCCUAUUUUAGUCUGCACAGAUUUAGCUUCAAGAGGGCUUGAUUUUCCAUUUCUCAACUAUGUAAUCCAGUAUGAUUUUCCUCGAACUAUCAGUGACUAUGUCCACAGAGCAGGGCGAGCUGGAAGAGGUGGAAAACCAGGGACAGUCCUUACCUUUUACCGUAAUAAAGACUAUGAAGUCAUAAAAGAGCUCCAAAAAAGCUAUACCAUUAUCCCUUAUUUUUCCUCCAUUUUUCUCCAAAAAUAUUCCCAUCCCAAAAUCAUAAAAAAUAUCAUACGACACCAACACCCCACUGAGCAUCACAACUUCAGCCUACUCGUUUACUAAUAAAGAAGAUAUGAAAAAAUUCCCAAUUGAGAGGUUUAAAAACACAAUUAAGAAAUAA